AACCCUGACAGUUGUCAAUGUUAUUUAAAUAUCAUUUGAAAAUUUCAUUUCAAGUACUGAAAUAUUCAAACGUGUACCUAUCAAAUUGAAAAUGAGAAGUAUCUGUUAUAUUGAAUUACUGUAAAAUGGUACGUCAACGCAGAUCUCAAGUAAAUUCAGAUAGCAAUAAAGCUGAUAAAGGUACAAACAGCAGUAGCAGUAAUGGAAGUACUACAUCUAAGGAGGAAUCACCAAAACAAACUAGUUUAUUUAUUUAUUGGAAACAUUUUAUUGUUAUAGCAGUUUUGAGUAUUUCAGUAUACUUUGGCUAUAUGGGAUACUUGGAGACUAGGAUCAAUACACCUUAUGACGAAAGAAAGGUUGUAAUGAAAAGUGGACUGGAUGUGCCGGAUUUAUUUUGGGGAACUUAUAGACCGGGCACCUAUUUUGGCUUAAAAACAAGAGAACCCAACUCACUUGUUACUGGUCUCAUGUGGUAUUUUCCUAGGAGGCUUAGGCCCGGAGGAGACGGAAUUAGGCAUUGGUGUGAACAAGGAGACAAUUUAGGAAAAUACGGUUGGUUGCAACAUGAUGGCCAUAAUUUUGGGAUCCAAGAAAUAGUAGAUGGACCGUUUAGUUUAGUCACAUCUUUUGUGAAGAAACCUGGGGAUUAUAGAGGAGGGGAAUGGACUUCUAGAGUGUCAGUAGAUUUUCUGGUAAAGAACAUGGUCGUUGGUUCCUACUCGGGCGCAUUUGGCCAGGCUCCUCCUAUCAAGGUUGACAGGAGCUUCGUCGGGGGGCGCAGCGGUCUUGCANAAUUACAUUUACAUUCUCUAGCAUCUUCUCUUCUAAUGCCUUCUUUCAAACAAGGCUUCAGCAUUAACAUUUCUAGGAGGCCUGGAUGGGGAACCUUGAGAAGUAUGAUGUUGAUGUUCAAUCAAAAGCAAAUUGAAUUCGCUCAAGCAGCCUUGAGUAAUAUGGUUGGCGGAAUCGGUUAUUUCUACGGAGCAUCGCAAGUUCAAAGCUCCUACACUAAGGAACCAGUAUAUUAUUGGAGCGCUCCUCUCUAUACAGCUGUACCUUCACGGAGUUUUUUCCCAAGAGGUUUUCUGUGGGACGAGGGCUUCCACGGUCUCUUGAUUUCCCAGUGGGAUGUUGAUAUUGAACUGGACAUCAUGAGUCACUGGUUUGAUUUGAUCAAUGCCGAAGGAUGGAUACCUAGAGAGCUGAUUUUAGGUGUGGAAGCUCUAGCCAAAGUUCCCAGUGAGUUUGUCGUUCAAAGAAACACCAAUGCUAAUCCACCGACAUUCUUUCUCACGCUCGAUAGUAUCCUGACGAGAUACGGAGAUAACUUGACAGAUGAAAGGUUGCUCACCUUGGAAAGGCUUUAUCCACGAUUACAGGCUUGGUUCACUUGGUUCAACACCACCCAAGUAGGUACCCUUCCGGGUUCUUACAGAUGGCGCGGCAGAGACGCUAAUUCGAACAGGGAGCUCAAUCCUAGAACUAUGGCUUCAGGCCUGGACGAUUAUCCUAGAGCUUCCCAUCCCACUGAAGAAGAACGCCACAUUGACUUAUACUGUUGGAUCGCCAUUGCGGCAAGAACAAUGGCCAAGCUAGCAAACAUUCUGGAUAUAGCCGGAAAAAAAUAUGAACAAACCGCGGACUAUCUAACCGAUAACAAGGUUAUGGAUAGCUUGCAUUGGUCGGACUUUACCAAAACUUAUGCGGAUUACGGACUACACACGGAUGCGGUUCGUCUUGAGAGGCCGAAGCCUCUACCUAGAUCACCAAAUCAAAACUUAGAAAUGCACAGGGUGGUGCUCAAAACUCCUGAAUACAGGCUGGUGGAUUCCACUUUCGGUUAUGUAAGUUUGUUUCCAUUUCUGCUGCAGAUUAUUGACGCCGAUUCGCCGAAACUCGGGAAAAUUUUGAACGACCUACGCAAUCCCGAUUUACUAUGGACCCAUUACGGUUUACGUUCCCUAUCAAAAUCUUCGCCGCUCUAUAUGAAACGAAAUACAGAACACGACCCUCCGUACUGGCGAGGUCAGAUUUGGGUCAAUAUCAACUUUUUGGCGGCGAGAGCGUUGCACCACUAUUCAAAAGUUCCAGGCCCAUACAAUUCCCGUGCCGGAGAAAUAUAUAAGGAAUUGAGGGAAAAAGUUAUAAAUAAUGUGAUGAAGCAGUAUCAUAGGACAGGUUAUAUUUGGGAGCAGUAUAGCGAUAAGACUGGAGAAGGGAGCGGAUGCCGCCCAUUCAACGGGUGGACUGCGUUGGUUGUUGUGCUUAUGGGAGAACACUAUUGAUUUUGAAACCAGGAAAAUUCACAUUUCAGAUAUUCAGGGUGUCUACAGUCAUUGUGUCUUGAUUUCACAGACAUACGAGGGUGCAAAGUUUCCGACCUAUCAAAGAUACAGCUUGUCCAAUCUAGGAAGAGACUUAAUCUUUCUCUCACCCUCACUGUCUUCUAAAGAACACAGAUCUAGUGGGCGAGGCCAUAACGGAAUUGAGAAUUGACAAGCUGUACAUGUUUACGGAUUUUUCUUUAUUUUUCAUCAUAGUCAGUAGAUAAACAACAGGGUUUCUGUGACACCAGCCAAUGAGAGCGUAGCAAUUUAUCACAUGACCAGUUUGUUCGGUUGGUUACGCUAUCGACGUAACCGCCACAUACUUGAGCAACUGCACUCUACGCAGUACGGCUUGGUUCGGCGUACUAGGAAUCAGUUUCGCAAAGCGCAUUCGGUCAAGUAUGUGGCUGUUACGCCGAUAGCGUAACCAACCGAACAAACUGGUCAUGUGACACAUUGCUACACUCUCAUUGGCUGGUGUCACAGAAACCCUGUUGUUUAUCUACUCUACCCACUCCAGAUAGCCUCUUCAUUUGACGAAAAUAUCUAUACCCCGAGUGCAAUUUUUAGAUGAGGGAGCAGAAGGAAGUCGCUUGGGGCUAGAUCUGGUGAGUAAGGUAGAUAGUCAAGCAGUUCAAACUGUAAUUCGUGGAUUUUCGCCAUGGCAAACAGUCACCGGCACUUUACCAUCUGAAAAACAGUUUUUGCUGUUUUUGGAGCCGGUUUCUCUUUUGCAGUCCAGUGUUCGGACUGUUUUUUUGUUUCGGGCGUAUAAUGAUGUAUCCAAGUUUCAUCUGAAGUAAUUAAUCAGCGUCAAAACUCGGAUGUAUUGCGCCCAAACUGCGCCAACAGAGCGUUGAAAAUGUUUAUUGGAACACGUUUUUGCUGUAACGUCGGCAAACACGCCACCCAACGCGCGGACAGCUUUCUCAUGCCCAAAUGUUGAAUUAAUAUUUGACAAACACG